AUGUCUAACGAUCCCACCACAUUGUCCGCUCAAGUAAAGCAGCUCAACAUCGGCGAUGACUCCUCAACAACCGACUCAGGAUCUUCCGAGCUGGUGGCGGUGGUGGAUGACCUCCUCAAUCAGCUCAGUGGCAAGUUCAGCAACUUGUCCAGCGAGCUGAUUGGCAAGAGUGGGACCUCCUGUCUGGACAACAGCAUGCAAACGUAG